GCGAGGGAGCAGCUCCACAUUGAUGAUCUGUGGUCGCGCUGCGCCGAUACAAAACCUCGUGCUGCCCCCCCCCGCCGCUGUGCCGCUCCCAAUUCCCGCUUCCCGCUCUCGCUCCCGCUUCCGCUUCCGCUUCCGCUGCGCUGCUCCCAUCGUUACCGCGUUAGACACGAAAGUAUACUUUCAGUUGACGCCAACAUUUUGGCGGCGGUGUUGUUUACUUCCUGCGAACGCGAGCACGCCAUCUCCCGCGCUUUUCAUUUAUACAGCAGUUCCCGCUCUUUUCAUUUUCAGCAGUUUGACUAUAGCCAAAGACCACAAAGGACCCAAAUCGAUCGAAGGAGCGCCUUCGGGAACGCCGUCGAAUUUUCCAUCUCGGUCGGAUGCAUUUUUGCGCGCGUGCGGGGUGCGGGCGAUUGCUAUCCACGUGGCAAGCUGUGGUUCCUUCGUUGACCGCGGUUGACAGAGGAAUCGAGUUUUUGCUUUCCGUAGACUGAAAGUCUCCUCCUAGGACCGGGAAACGAACGUUUCGAUUUCCGCAUAGCACACAGUACAUUCAUUGGGGUGUGUAUUACUGUUAAGUCCAACGUGCGGGUCAAGUGAGCCGCGCUCUCGAGUGGUUUGUCGGCGGUCCUUUCUGUCUGGCAAAUCGAUCGUGGAGAACAACCAAGCAGGUCGGGAUCGCGUGUCAUCAGCAGGUAGAGCGAAAGUUGUCAUAGCAAUUAUAGGGAGAGGGAGAAAGUGGAAGAGGAAAGAAGGAAGAGAGCGAGAAAGCAGAAAAUGAGGAAGGACACGUUCGCGGAGAUGGCGGAGGGUCGUGGAGAUCGCGUUGUGCUCCAUGUGUAUGACCUCAGCCAGGGUCUUGCCAGGCAGCUAUCUGGAACUUUUCUGGGAAAAGUAAUUGAUGGAAUAUGGCAUACUGGGAUUGUUGUUUAUGGGAAAGAGUAUUGGUAUGGAGGCGGCAUUCAGUCUGCAGCACCUGGCCACAGCCCAUAUGGCCGUCCAGUCCAGACGGUCACUCUCGGGUACACACAAGUACCGGAGGAAUUGUUCCGGGAAUUCUUGGCAGAGAUGUCGGAGCGGUAUACUCCUGAAGCUUAUAACCUGAUGAGUCAUAACUGCAACAACUUCAGCGACGAGGUUGCGAAUCUCCUUGUGGGGAGGGGCAUUCCUGAUUACAUUGUUGGUCUUCCACAAGAAGUGCUGGACUCGCCCAUGGGUGCUCUCAUUGCACCAAUGAUUCAGCAACUGGAAACGACGCUUCGUUAUAACGGCGUUCCUCAGCCGCCUCAGAUGAUGGUGCGUCCCGCCGCGAGUGGAAUGAUGCCAGCUGGAGGGCAAGGGGUGCGCAAUGUCCCGCUCUCGAGAGCCACAACGUCGACCAAUCAAGAUCCUCGAAUCCGACAGGCAGCGGAGAAUCGGCUGGCUGCUGCCGGUGGACGGUUGUCAGCGGAGCAAGGUGCCGAAGCACCAAGGGUUGCAGCGCCUUCCUCUGUUAGUGGGAAUGCGGCAACUGCGAAAGCGGUAGGCGUGUCUUCUCCACAAUCGCCGGAUGUUCCCAAAGUGGAUUCAAACAAGGUAAGAGGCACAGCUGCAGGUGCCGCAGAGGCAUCGGCGCCAGUGGAACAAGGCCGUGCUGAGGCAUCGGCAUCAGAAUCGGCACCCAAGAAGACUGCAGGGAGUGAAGCAAGCAGGAGUAAGAACGGUGGUCGGUCGCCGGCCCCAGUAGACCCGUUGGGAGGAGCAAGGGCUAUUGUUCAAGAGGAGAUCACAAGAGAGUUCUCAAGGCUGAUGGCAGACGGAGGGCUUGCGGCAAACGAAGCAGCUGUUCUGGCAAUGCGGCAUGUAAUGGCUAGACAUGGUCUUGCCAGCAAUUCCCCAAGGACGCGAGCAUGAUUCUGAAUGUAGUAGUCGAUUGCCUUUGGGGCAAUGAAAUAUUAAAUUUGUAAUGAAAAGUUCUCUGUAGCAUAUUGAGUUGUCUGUCCUCUGUAGCGGGCAUUCACAAUGGGCAAGUUUUGAGUACUUGUGUGUGUGUGUGUGUGUGUGUGUGUGUGUGUGUGUGUGAGAGAGAGAGAGAGAGAGAGAGAGAGCUGAUAUCUGAAAGAACCUGGCGGCUUAUACUUGACAAAUAACCAAUAUCUGGUCAUGAUUGAAAGCCUUGUGAGAAGUGGUUCUUGCUUCAUUUUGGUUAGUCAAAUCUCGCACUGAUCAUCUGCGGAUGGAACUCCUUCGUUUGCUUGGUUUAUCGACUCGAACAAACACACAGGUGUCUCUUUUCCAAUAGACCAAAGACGACACACAGACAGAUGGAAGUAGCAUGCCCAUGAAAGUGAAGGGCAUAGUAUCAAACCUUAUUGGGGCCAUUGCUGCUAUGUGUGCUGAUGGAUGGCAAAAUUCCCCUCCCUUUCACUUUUCGAUUUGCUGGCAAUGCUGGUUAUUCAUGU